CCGCUGCGAGCUGAGCUGGCCACCUUCGAUGUCUUCCUCGAUGAGAACAUCUUCCAGGAGUCCUGCGACCCCAAGGAGGACAGAGGCAACGUGGCCCUGAGUGAGUUGCUUGAAAACAACCUGACGAGUGUCAUGAUCGACGACACAUCCUACAUUACCGGCGAGUUCGUUGUCAAAGUCCAGCUCCCACCCGGCCGCAUCAGGCUGGAGGCGGACAUCAGGCGUCAGGACCGCGGCCGCUGGGUGCCCACGUUUAUUUCCAUCAAACGCGACGACUUCUGCAAAUCCCUGUUCGAUCCGUUCGAGCUCUGGCACUUCUUCAUCAUAACAAAUAUACCCAGAAGCCAGCGCAUAUGCCCACCGAAAAAGGGACAUGUUUAUACCUUUCAGAAUGUAAGCAAUCGAAUGCAUCUGGAGAACAUGCCCCGCUGGAACGUCUUGGGCAAUGUCAAGGUUGUGAUGCACUUGAGUGUUGGCAAUCUGACGACUUGUGUGGCGCUCCACUGCACCGUUAGCGAGGAUUAGGGCAACCACUUGUGCAAAUAGUACACAUGUAGUUCUUUUAGAUGGGACAUCAGCUCUAUAUAUAGCCCGUGGAUAUGCACCAUUUUGCUCGCUGGCUUCCCCGUUGGCAGCUUAUUUGAUGUUUGCACUGAUUUAAUGGGGCCGUAUUAUACUUCUAUCUAAAUUAUAUGCAAAUAAACAAGAUUUCAUGUUCAGGUACGACAAAAAUGCCGCGUAAUUUGCAGCCAAAGUUCUCAUCCGCGGACGCGAUAAGCGGCCGUCGUACAUAUUCGUAAUCCCAGCGAAACGAAAUGGAACGCUCUGCUCCCGUAAUCCCCGUUGCUAUUUGCCCACGGCUCAGAGCCAGCACCAUUUCAGCAAACUGAACUCAUUCGCAGCGUCUAUCUCUGUUCCGUUCCCAUUCCACAAGUCGUUGGCGCGUGAUGCCCACCAAACACCCGGAGAAUUUAUGACAUCUAUAUUA